AUGGACGCUGGGUUCUUCAAUGGGAUCCUACAAGGUCUAGAAGGGCUACCAGAAUUUCCGGGUGAUUGCAAUAAUGUGUUACUUGCGGAACACGGUGGAAAUCUGGUGGUUCUCUGGGACGAGUUUGCUGGGGAAGAUGAGAAGAAAAUUUGGUGUGCUGAGGUUUCUCUUGAGAGGCGCAGCAAUGGACAGGUUUGGGGGCAUAUCAAGUGGUAUGAUGAGCCGGAGGCGUACGAACUGGUGUAUGCACUGUCUGCUAUAGUUUGA